CGGUAAAGGACGUGCGCUCUGCUCUGUCCGUGUGUGUGUGUGUGUGCAUGUGUGUGUGUGUGUGUGUCACAGAGAAAGAGAGAGGAAGAGAGAGAACUAGAGAGACACACACAGUUAAUAUCUACACGGACUCUGUUGUGGACUGCUUGAGAAGUGUGAAGUUUGUGUGCUGAGGGUUUUCUUCUGUUUGCACUAUUAUGGAGAGAUGUCCUCAUGAUGUUGGAGAGGAAACAACAUGUCAUGAUGAAAGCUUUCAGCUGUUUGAAGUGGAACAACAACUACAGCUCACUCAAAAGGAGCCCAAGGAGGGAGAGAUGGAGGCUGAAGAGAUGUUGUCAAGCAUGAAUCCUCACCCCUUUCUGCCUGCAUUUGCAUUAGAGGAAUUUGAGUUCCCUGUCAGCAUUCGCUUACAAGAGAUGCCCCUUUUCCCCAAGUGGCACCUCCCUCUGAAGCUCAUGGCUGUUUCUCUAUCUGUGGCAUUUGUGUACACAUUCCUCCGGGAUGUGCUGCAGCCUUAUGUGUCUCAGAGUACAAAUGAUUUUUACAAGAUUCCCAUCCUGGUGUUAAAUAAAGUUCUACCCUGGACAUCGAUCACUCUGCUGGCACUUGUCUAUCUACCUGGAGGGUUGGCUGCUCUGCUUCAACUACACAGAGGCACGAAAUACAGCUCUUUCCCAGUUUGGCUGGAAAACUGGAUGGGUGUGAGGAAACAGUUGGGUCUGCUGGCCUUCCUUCUGGCCUGCCUACAUGCCAUUUACAGCCUGAGCUACCCAAUGAGACGAUCAUACAGAUACAAACUUCUCAACUGGGCCUACCAGCAGGUACAACAGAAAAAGGAGAACUCAUGGGUAGAGGAUGAUGUCUGGAGGAUGGAGAUCUACAUCUCACUGGGAAUACUAGGAUUGGGAAUUCUGGCCUUGGUGGCCAUCUCAUCCCUGCCUUCUGUUAUGAACACUCUAAACUGGAGAGAAUUCCAGUGUGUACAGAGAACACUUGGACAUGCAGCCCUGUUUUUGUGCACAGCUCACGCUCUGGUGUAUGGCUGGAGGAAGUGGGUGGAGUUGAAGCAGUAUGUAUGGUACACACCGCCAUCAUUUAUACUGGCCUCCUUCCUCCCAGGUGUGGUGUUAUUGCUCAAGGCUGUGCUAGCCAUGCCCUGUUUCAACAAGAGAUUGGAACGCAUUCAACAUGGCUGGGAAAGACCCGGACGGAAGAGAUUAACAGACAAAGACUCACUCUGACUCACUCUGUCUUAGCGGCAUAAAGUAAUAAAUGUAUGUUUCUUGAACGUUGGGUUUUAAGUCCUGAUCGUAUUUCGAAGUGCUGUUUGUGAUUGUGAUUUGUAUGAUUUGUGUAUAAACAAAUAUGAGCUCUCUUUUAUAAUUAUUUUACCAUAGUUAUUAAUUGGAGAAUAAUAUAGUACAAUUAUGUAUAUUGUUAAUAAAUGUAUUGUUCUGUAUAACAGGAAGAAGGAAAGAACUGUUUUGUAACUGAAACUUGAUUCUCUGUCAUGACUUCCUCAUCAUAUCACAAACAGAUUCAGAUACCAAACAUACCAAGUAUCUUGCAAUCCUUUUGGCCAUAUUUCUUAGCUGCUUUGUUAGGUUUAUUGUGCCUCUUUGUUAGGUCACUCUUGAGAACUGUGUGUAAAAUGUACUAAGUGGGUGAACACAAAGCUAUGCACUGCAGCAAUGUCUUAUUAUACACUACUGUACUAAAUAGCAGGUUAUAAUAGUAUGACAGCCAUGGUGACAUUUGCCAGCCUGCUAAUUUGACCAUCUAUAUCAAUACUUAGAGCUUGUAUGUGAAUGCAACCAUUGUUUGGAGAUCUACAUUUACAUUUGCUGCUUAUUAAAUUCCUCAUAAAGUAUGAUGAUGAAGACUACGGCUGUGAAGCUGAAAUUCUACCAAGGCCUCUUCCGCAUUUUUGUGAUAUUUUAAAUGGUCAUAAACGAAGGCUAUUAGGCCAUAGGAUAUUUCUCAAAAAAAAGAACUCAUAAUAGAAAAUAUUCUGGAUGCACAUUAUGUGAUAAAAACCAUUAAACUGUUUAAGUUUAUGAAAAAGUUUAAGUUUAAUGUAGGGGUUGCAUACACUAGUUAAACAGACUAGUAUCAUCACUAAUUAAAAGUGUGAUUUUGACAAGUCAGAGUGGAUGAAAAAGAGUGAGUGUGUGUUUGAUUGUGACCUCUGAUGGGCUCUCACCCUGUCCAGUCCCCCGAGUCCACUGUGACCCACUGUGCGGUUCGGAUGGAAUGAAACGAGGCAGGAAGCCCACAGCUGAGACUGACACAUGCUCUAAACUGUCUUUCCUUUACUCAUAUUCUGAAUGAAAUGAACCCUUCUCUUCUCAUUACUUUGUUCAGAUGAAGUGAGGCACCACAGAUUUUUAGGUUUUAUUGUCAGUGUUUUCAUCUUUAUAUUUCAUUUGAAA